UGCUGCGUAAUGUCCGUCUUUCUGCUUCAUCUCAAGAGUUUGUUUGAAAUGAACCAAUUUCUCCGGACAGAUUUGUCUAUGGCUGAUUCCGCGUUAUUAACACUGUGUUAAGCGUUAAGACCUUUUAAUAACCCUAACGCCAACCAAGGCAGAAAUGGCUGGCGAGAGUGUGAGUGUGGUGUUUAAGCUGUACUGCCUGACGGUGAUGACUCUGGUUGCUGCAGCAUACACAGUAGCCUUGCGUUACACUCGCACAGUGCAGUCAGAGCUCUACUUCUCCACCACCGCCGUUUGUCUCACUGAGAUCAUCAAACUGUUCCUGAGUCUAGGAAUGCUUGUCCGUGAGACAGGUGGAUGGAGCAGGUGUAAGGGUGUGGUUGUAGAACAGGUUUUUACUCCUGUAGAGUUGUUGAAGCUCAGCGUACCGUCUGUAGUUUAUGCCGUGCAGAACAACAUGGCCUUCAUCGCUCUCAGUAACCUGGACGCAGCUGUCUAUCAGGUGACGUAUCAGCUGAAGAUCCCGUGUACAGCUCUGUGCACUGUGCUGAUGUUAAACCGAUCUCUGAGCCACAUGCAGUGGGGCUCGGUCUUCAUGCUGUGUCUGGGGGUCAUCCUGGUCCAGUGGAAACCUGCUGAGCUCUCUAAGGUCCAGGUGGAGCAGAACCCCAUCGUUGGCUUUGUGGCCAUCGCGGUUCUCUGUUCUGGAUUUGCAGGUGUGUACUUUGAGAAGGUGUUGAAGAGCUCAGAGACAUCUCUGUGGGUGAGGAAUAUUCAGAUGUACCUGUCAGGGAUCGCCAUCACACUGUUGGGUGUGUUCGUGACGGAUGGAUCACAGGUGAUGGAGAAAGGCUUCUUCUUUGGCUACACACCAUGGGUCUGCUUCGUUGUCUUCUUAGCCAGUGUCGGUGGUCUCUACACGUCUGUGGUGGUGAAAUAUACAGACAACAUUAUGAAGGGUUUCUCUGCAGCGGCGGCCAUCGUCCUGUCCACCAUCGCCUCAGUCACGCUGUUCGGCCUGCAGAUCACUGUGACGUUCUCCGCUGGUGCUCUGCUCGUCUGUGUCUCCAUUUACCUGUACGGUUUACCUAAACAGGACACCAGCACCCUGAGCACAGCUAGCAAAGACAAGCUAAUCACCAUGUAAGGGCUGUGGUGUGCAGAUGACUCUCAUGUCUCUUUAACUCUAGUUCAUUUUGUUUCCUUUUCCUGGUGGAGGCGGAGCCUAACCUGGACUGGACAGGUGGAUGUAACCAGGAGCUGUGAAUGUGUUCGUGUGCUUAUUGGGCUUCAAACUAUUCUGUCACUUUUAUUCCCUUUACAGCGUACAGAGUGCACGAGGGCUGUUCACUAAAGUGUUGAACACUCACCUGCUGCAGUGCAUGAUGGGAAAUGAGCCAUGGCCUGGACUUGUUUUCAGUCAUUGUAUUAGACAUUUUGAUGCCAUUUACAUAUUACCAUAUAAGGAUUCUCUCAUUUACAUAUUACACAGUGUUAAUUAUAUAUGCAUCUCUGUCACACACACACACAGACUGUUAGAAGUGUUGAAUAUUUAACAGUUGUCAUCACUGUAACAGUGUUUUGUAUUUUUUGGCAAUAAGUUUAUUAAUGAAUCGUGUAAAAUAAAUCAUGGUGUCAGUAACAUCA